CCUAAUUUCAUCACUCAAUCGCCACUAAUUUUUUACCUUUUUCAAUUUCCGUAAAACAAAACAAAAAUCAUUUCAUUUUAUCCGUUCUUCAUUCACCCCAUCUCAGCAGCCAUGAAAACUUUCGAGAUCGGCGGCGGUACUACCCUUUCUCUUGCUCUCUUCGUCGACGUCACCAACUCCAAAGAACUUGUUGAUCUGAUGCAAACCGGAACUUUAGAUCCUGAAGUAGCAUUUCUCAAUGCUUCACUCGUAAGUUUAACUCGUCGUAAAAUCAACAUUUCCUUUUCUUUUUACAAUUUGACUAUGUUUUGGCAGAUGAUUGUGAUAAAGAGUCUUGUCAAGGGGACCGAAAUUGGCUUGGAGGAAUUGGAAAAACGGGCCGACCAAGCCCAAAUACAUAAGCACUACAAAAUAUCAGCAGUGGAAUUAGGGAUAUCUUCGCUAUCGGAUGCUAUGACAUGUAGGAUUGCUGCACGAGAUGCGUUGUGAGGAAACAUAAAAAUUCAAUUUCAAGUCUGCUUCGUAAUUUUUACCAUGAAUUUCCCCUUAUUUUAAGCCUGCUCGUUGUGUAAUGUAAGCAGACGACUUUUUGCAUUUUUUGGGUAGAUUUAUUGGAAUGUUUUAAUGAAACCAGAUCACUUUGUGUGCUUAAUUUGAGCCUAAAGUUUGUCUGAUACUGGCUGGGCUUUUUGUGUAAAUUAAAUGACUGUACUUGUAAUUUUAGAUCUUUUAUUAUUCUGUAUUUUUCUUUUACAUCUUAGUUUGCAUCUAUGUAGGAAUUAAUAAGGUUCUGUC